CUGAAAUACAACACUGAGGCGUUUCCGCACUGCUUUAAAAGUCUGUGGUGUCACUGCUGCAUUUUCCCACUUCACUUAGAGCUUCCAUAUAUCGGAAUCCAGAUCUUUUGAGAUCGAUUAUUCAAAGAUGGAGAGUUUGUGCCGCGCUAAUAGCAACUUCGCCCUGGACCUGUACCGGGCCGUAAGCGAAGAGAGCCCAAACGGAAACCUGUUUAUUUCCCCGCUAAAUAUCAGUGCCGCACUCAGUAUGGUCUACUUAGGAGCGAGAGGAAGGACUGCUGAGGAAAUGGCUAAGGUUCUAUCCUUCAGUUCAGUCCCUGAUGUUCACUCCAACUUCAAGACACUCAACUCUGCAAUUAACAGCCCCAAAGCCUCCUACAUUCUCCGACUGGCUAACAGGCUUUAUGGAGAGAAGACUUACAAUUUCCUAUCUGAAUAUGUGGACUCCACUCAGAAGUUGUACCAAGCUGACAUGCAGACAGUAGACUUUAUUGGAUCAUCAGAAGAGUCACGGAAGCUCAUCAACAAGUGGGUAGAAGAGAAGACUGAGGGUAAAAUAAAAGAUAUUUUGCAGUCAGGGACGAUCAUAGCAAUGACUCGACUUGCCCUGGUGAAUGCGAUUUAUUUCAAGGGAAAAUGGAAGCAUGUGUUUGAUACUAGAGACACUAAGGAGAUGCCCUUCAAGAUAAACCAGACUGAGAAAAAACAAGUGCAGAUGAUGUACAAGGAGGAGGAAUUCCCCUACAACUACAUUGAUGAGUACAAGCUGCAGGUACUGGAUUUGCCAUAUGUGGAGGAGGAACUCAGCAUGGUGGUGCUUUUACCUGAGGAGUCUCUGGAUGGCUCAGACCCACUUCAAAAGCUGGAGAGUGAAUUAACAGUGAACAGGCUGAUAGAGUGGACAAAUCCAGAGAGGAUGGACAGAUCAACUGAUAUCAUUCUCCAUUUGCCAAAAUUUAAGUUGGAAGAGCAGUAUUCUUUAAAAGAUAUCCUGAGUAAGAUGGGCAUGAGCUCUUUGUUCCAGCCUGGUGCUGCGGAUCUGACAGGCAUGAGCAUUCAAGGAGACCUUUUUGUGUCAUCUGUGACCCACAAAGCUUAUGUCGAGGUUAAUGAGGAAGGCACAGAGGCAGCAGUGGCCACAGGCAUCAUAAUUACUACAGAUUGCUUGAGACCAGAGAAGCACUUCAUGGCAGACCAUCCCUUCCUAUUCUUCAUCAGACACAACCCUACUAAGAGUAUUCUCUUUUUUGGGAAGUUCAGAGGCCCAAAGUAGAGAUGUUCUCUACCAACCUGAGAAAUAAUGCGUGUUUGGAAGUGUUUAUCAAAUAAAAUGAACAAAAAGUGUUUAAUGUAUUUGGAAUUAAAAGGGGUCGCAUUUGGAAUAUGUGAAUUGCUUUUAUACACCCAGUAGUGACAUAUUUCAUGUUAUAUACUGACUCUAACAAGAAAUUACCAUAAUAAACCUGUUGAAAUGUAACC